AAUAAAAGUUAUAGACGAAGAAGAAGAGCAACUUCGUCUCCAUUUUUGUUACAGUUCUUUCAACGAAAAGCUGGCUGAGAGUAUUUCUAAAUAAAAACUAGGCCUUAAGAGCAACCGAGGAUACUUGUAAACAUGUGGGAUGGACCGGGACCACGGGGAAGACCACCCUUUCGUGGGGAUCACCGUGGAGAGAUGGUUUGGGGUCGAGACCGCCCAGUGCCUGAUUAUAGAGAUAGAGAUGGGAUGAACAUGGGUCAUAUGGGCCCUAGACCUUUUGUUUUUCCACUUAUGGACCAGAGAAGGAUGGAUGGCUUUCCCAUUAGAGGGCAUGAUAUGGACCCACGAGAUAUGCGAGGAAGAGAUCCAAGCAGAGAUUUCUUCAUACCCGGAGAGGAGCCAGACUUCCAUCCUAGGAGGCAUAUUGAAAUUUCCAUUAGAGACCAAAUUGUUGAUUCUCCUGGUUUUCGUGGGCCAGGCAGGGAUUCAGGAGGGAGGGGACUGCCUCCAUGGGAACCAAACGACAGAUUUUCAGACAUGAGGGACAGAAAAACGUUUCAAUAUGACAGGCAGCGCUUUGACAGGCCUGAUGUUGACGGAAGGAGAGGCUUCCCCAUGGAUCGAAUGGAGCGAGAUGAUAGAUUUAGGGACAUGCCUGACAGGCACCCAGUGGAUGUUGGUGAUGCUGAUCGCUAUAAGAUGGACUUACCACCACAUGAAAGGAGACUGAUGGAUAUUGAUAGAAGAGGAGGGCCACCACUUAACCCAAGAGGUAGAUUUGAGUCUGAUACAGAUUUUAGAAACCGACCUGAACCACCUGUUGACCUCAGAGAUAGGGAUCGUUCUCCUUUAAGAUUUGGACCAGGUGAGUUCCCUCCAGCUGAAAGGGAAAGAUUAGAUAUACCCCAAGAAGUUGUUGGUCGGAGGCCAGAGUUUAGGGGUCCAGGAGACACUGUUGGCAGUAGAGAUUAUCCCAAAUCAAGUGGUAGCCCCCUUAUGGACUAUCGAAGUGGUGAGGAGAUGACUCUCGCUGAAGAAUGGAAGAGCCGUCAAAAGGACAAGAAUCCUUUUUUGGAAAAAGAUUUGAAAGGUGGACCCAAUCCCAGCUUCCCUGUUGGCCUCAGCAGCAAUGUGAAUGUGAGGGACUCGUCACUGUUUCACGAGAGGGACAGGCCUCGUGGUGACCACUUUCCUGCAAUGGAUCCACCAGUAGCUGGCAAGAAGGGCCUACAGGACCCUCUGAUGCCAGAAACAACCCCCCUAACAGGUCAUAGGAAUAGAGAAAAUAAAGAAUGGCCUAGAGGAAGGGAUCCAAAGUAUGUCCAAAAUAAAACGAGUUGUGAUGAAAGGCCCCCUUACCUUGAAGAACAGAAUAAACCUUCACUUGAGAUUAAGGAGCCAAAUGAUCCUUUUAGAGAAAUCAAAGAUGUCUCAUCUGAACAAAUUCCCUUUAGGGAAAAGCUGGGGGAGGAAGAUGAUUUCCAAAGAAACAGCACAAUACAGGCAAGAGAUCAGGACUACAGGGACAUAGAUUACAGAACAGCACCUAGAAGGGUGUUUGAUUACAAACACGAAGAACUUCCUCCAACAGAGAAAUUUCUAAAGAAUCCUAAUCCAAUCACACCAUCAAAAUUUACCGACUCUGGUUCCCAGGAUCGAGAUUACAGGAAUGCGUCAGUGAAGGACAAAGUUUCAAAUAUUAUAUCCAUAUGUGAUAUUCCAAAGACUGAUUCAGUGGAUCAGAUUCUUGGAGCCUUGGCGGUCAGUGAUGGCGUGCCGAUGCAGGGGAUGAAAAUCAGAAGUGUUGUGCCAGGUUACAGCUACGAUAUGGCCUAUGUGGAGUUUUUAAACCUCGAGGAUGCAGUCCACUUCAUGGAGUCCAACAAGGGAUCCAUAAAGGUUGGCACUAGAACAUCUGCCAUGAAGUAUGUUCAGCCAAAUGAGUGUGAAAGAGAUGUUCUCGACCCAGAUCACAGAGUACGUCAAACCCUGGAUUCUCAGUUACCCAAAUCGGAGCCUUUAAAAGAUGUGAGGACUGACCAAAACGCUAAAGGUUCUAUAGAGGAGCUGUUUCACAGUCAGUUUCAGCGUAACACUGACCUGACUCCAGAGGCGUGGCAGCAGCAGGUUGACCAGCAGCACCAACAAGAACAAACUGAGCAAUUGGCAGGGUCUUCACACAACUGCAACCCUCUUCACAUCUCAGAACAACCCAAGUCUGUAUUCAAAGACAGUAAAACAAUGAUAAUCAAGAAUUUGAAGUCCACUACCACAGUAGAGACAAUCCUCAAAGCUUUGGAUCCUUUUGCGUAUCUGGAUGAGAGAAAUGUUCGUUUAGUGAAAGGAAAGCCCCCUGGAACGAAGUGCUUCUGCUUUGUUGACAUGGACUCCAAUGAGCAAGUGAAACGUCUGGUUGAGCUCAUCACCAAACCUAGACCCCUAUAUAUUGAUGGAGUCAAAGUCCAUGCUGAAAUUGCAAGACCACUCAAGAACCAGAAUUUGAGAAGAGAUUAUGACACAUCAAACCCUUUAAUGGUUGGGCAUCCAUCUGAAGACGCCAUGAUGGCAACUUCUGGUGUUUUAUUACAGCAGUCGUUCCCACCACCUCCACAGUACUUGCAUCCUGUAUUCGUUCCAAUUGUUGGAUCUCCUGCGACGGACGUUGCAAUGCAAGUAGGAGAUUUAAUGACUCUCUGCACGAAUCCUGUGGUCUCAUCAAACACCAGCCUUAGACUGGGAAUGGACUAUGUUGAAACUACUACUGCAGUACCAGCACAGGAAUCUGGUGGACUUCAUGUUCCUACAGACUCAGCUGAGCUAGAGCCCCCUACAGAGGAAUCGCAGGCUUACAUUUGUGGUUCUGAACCUCCAGACACGUCCAGUUACUUGUAUGAUUCAACGUCAGGAUUCUACUACGACCCUGAUACGACACUGUACUACGAUCCAAACUCAAGGUAUUUUUACAAUGCUCAAACCCAAGAGUACCUGUACUGGGAUGGAACAUCAAAAAACUACAUCUCAGUUCCAGGAGGGAGCUCUGCAGGUUUCCACCCAGCACCCACCAUGACUGCAGAAGACCGGGCCAUUCUUUCCAACCCAGCUGCAGAUGCUCCUUUGGAGAUGAAGAAACCAUCAGCGCCACCCGAGGAUUCUGCUGCCCUUGUUGCAGGUUCAGCAGAGAGCUGUGGAGGGUCCGUCCAAUCUCUCACAGCCGUUUCUGAGAAAAAGGAGGAUGAAGAAUCUCCAAAGAAGGACAAAGAGAAGGAUAGCAAAGACGAGAAACCGAGAGGUCUUGCUGCUGUUAAGAUUAUGAAAGAUAUGGAGCGCUGGGCGAAGAUCCAGAAUCGUCAGAAAGAAACUGUGCGUGCUCCAUCUCCGGUCCUGAAGUCUGGGAUUGACGAUGGGAAGAGGCAGUCUAAGUCAGCGGAUGCUGCUUUUGCUAUAUUUGAGCGGAAGAUCACAGGGAGUGAAGAUCUUUUUAAGAAGCCACUUGCUCCUAUCAAGAAAGAGGAAAAAUCUAAACGUCCAAUGGGCUCUUUGGGUCUGCUGGCAUCAGACUAUGGAGCUGGAAGCGAUGAAGAGGUGGAAGAAGACAAGGAGGAGGCAGCUAAAAGCACUCAGAAAAGCCAGCCGGAGGAGAAGGACAGACUGACAGAUUGGAAGAAGAUGGCCUGUCUGCUUUGCAGGAGACAGUUCCCCAACAAGGACGCUCUAAUCCGCCACCAGCAGCUCUCUGAUCUCCAUAAACAAAACAUGGAGAUCCACCUCAAGAUCAAGAAGUCAAAAAAAGAGCUGGAAGCUCUGGAACACCAGGAACAGGAGCUCAGUGCCAGAGAAACCUCCAGAUCACCAGAACAGAAAAGACGAAAACAACAUCAUCAACAGUUGCAACAGCAUAGCAGCUGGGCUGGAAGUUCCAGGGAAGCAAACAAAGGCAGUGAGAGGCCUGGUUUAGGGGCUGAACCCGUGCAGAAGAGGAAAAAGGAGCCUGUUGUUUGGGACCACAAUAGCUACAAACAAGCAGUACGCAAAGCCAUGUUUGCACGCUUCAAGGAACUUGAGUGAACUCUUCUGAAUACACCCUCACCUCAAAUUGUGAAAUGUUGAUGAGGAAAUCGCCCACCUCUGCUUGAGAAAUCACAUUGACUCUUUGAGCAUUUCUCUACUUCGGGAAAUAAUUUCUCCAAAGCUAGAGUUUGCGCUGUGAAACGCUGAGAUAAAGAGACAAAUGAUUUAACAAAACGUCCUCUCUAAUAGAUUUUGUACAGGAAAACACACAUGUACAUGUUUGUGGCAUGUUUAUUUGAUAUGCCUGAUUUUUUUUAACUUUCACACUAGCCACAGAUACAGAAUAUUUCAUUUUUAACUUUUAUUUGGUAAAAUUGCUGUAUGUGUUCAUGUAAAGUAAAUGGUAAAGAUCACAUCACUGUCUCUGGGUGUACAUUUGUAAAGUUAUUAGCUUACCACUAGGUGGCACAAUGAUACCAUGCUGUGUUUUUUGAGCAUUUCUGGUAACCAGCAGGUCACAUUGUCCCAAAACCUUUAUGUUUUCCAUCAAAGAAAAAUACUUCUGAACCAUGUGUUUUCAUCAGGAUUUUGUCUCCUGAAAAAUUUUUUUGGGGGGUAAAUAAACCCAAAUAUCCCACCUGUGAUGUUUUAGUUUUAACAUGUAGUUUUAAUGUUUAAAGAUGUGCACUGCAGGUUUUUACAAUAAUAAGCCUCCCCUCUGACAUUUCCUAAAAUAAAUAAAUAAAUCCACA